GAUUUUCUACUUCUAAUUAUAGUUUUCAAAGUGAACAGGAAAUAUUAUACUAUAAUAUUAAAAUGUCUUCCUACAAAUGGCUGGACUUGGGUAUACAGCAUUUAUCAGAGUCUGUGUUUGUGGAACUGUGUCACAUACUGGGGUCCUCAGAGAUGGUGAUCAUGAGGAGAGAAGUGGCAGACUUCAGGGAAAUGAUGAUAAAUCAAGUAAUGAGAACAAGAGAAGCAGACAGGAUGAUGAUGAGUGGGAGUAUGAAAGAAGGACUCCGGCUAGAGAAAUCAGAUGUGGACACAAUGUUUUGGCCAAAUGACCACAUCGUUAUAUUGGACUUAAACAAGGCUCAGAAAUACGACUUAAGUAGAAAAACACUGAUUCUCUGUGAUUUUUCUGAAAGCCCACCAGGAUUUGGUUUACUUGAACUACUGACACCAACACACAGUGAAUGUGUAAAGAAUGCAUGUAUGAGAAUAAACGACAGACUCUACAUAUCCAGUUCCAAAUACAGACAAAUCACAUGUUCAGAAGUUAUACCUAAUUUUAAGGAGCAUGGUCCGUGUGGUAAUGGUGUAAUAGCGGGAGCAGAGUAUGACACUGCCCUAUGUUUUGUCUGUGAUUUUUGGCCUCUUCCUGCCUCAAAAUGGAUAGACAGAUGUCACUCGUGGCCCCAUUCUUAUAUUGUUGAUGAGAUACUCAGAAAUGGAUGCCACUUUGUUGCAAUAGGACACAAGCUCGGAAAACAUGCAGACAAAGAAUGGAGAAUUUCCUUCUCUUUAGCAGAACAAAAACUUAUAUAUUCAAUGAACCAUUGCCAAUUCUUGACCUAUGGGCUGCUUAAAUUGUUUUUAAAAGAUUUCAAGAAGGAAUUAACUAUCGAGGAAAAAUUAUUGUGUUCCUAUUACAUGAAGACAUCAGUUUUCUGGGUGAUACAACAAAACAUGAUCGCUCAAUGGUGUCCUCAAAAUCUUCUUCAUUGUUUCUGGGUCUGUUUUAAACUCAUCCUUAAAUGGGUGUAUGAGGGGACACUUAGAUAUAAAGAAGCCCUAUCAGUCAUAGAAAUGACAAAGGUCAAGUUAGCACAGCCAUAUGUAAUCAAUGUCACAAAUAUACCCAUAAAUGCAGUGAGGUACAUGUUUCAUGAGUCCUUAGGGGGACAGUCCUGGUCUUCAAAGAUAAGAUAUGCUGUAGCAUGGGACAUUUCUAUUUACGAUACAGUCUAUUACAUGAAUGAAUUAAUGCCAGAACAACAGUCUGGGUCACAAUCUGGAUACCCAGUAUUGUCUAUACCACUGUAUGUUAUGUUACACAUGUUAGAGGUCUUGUGUUACAGACAUGUAGACCCAAUGAGAGCACAAACAGCUCUUAAAGAACUACAGGACCUGGUCCACCAUGAUCAGGGGAUGUACAUUCAAAUGAAUAAAAGAGACAUCUCCUGGCAGAUUCUAGGGAUCUGUCAACAGGUGACAGGGAACCAUCAAGCUGCUCUGUACUCCUACCAACAAUCUCUCAGACAUACAUCACAAAAUAUACAAACUGCUUCAUUGAUGAGGAUACAAGUAAUCAAGGACCUCGAGCACAGAAAUCAUGAAUAA